AUGACAAGUCACACUCUUUUCUUCCAGUUUCGCCUGGUGGUAAAGACAGCACUGAAGCUGCUGCUGGUGUUUGUGGAGUAUACAGAAUCCAACGCACCACUUUUAAUCCAGGCAGUAUCUACCAUUGAUGAAAAGAGAGGAGCCAAGCCAUGGUCUAACAUCAUGGAGAUACUGGAGGAGAAGGAUGGGGUUGAUACUGAACUACUGGUUUACGCAAUGACCUUGAUUAACAAGACGCUGUCAGGAUUGCCAGAUCAAGACUCUUUCUACGACGUGGUGGACUGUCUGGAAGAGCUAGGCAUUGAAGCUAUUUCACAGAGACACUUGAACAAGAAAGGAACAGACUUGGACUUAGUUGAGCAAUUUAACAUUUAUGAGAUGACACUGAGGCAUGAGGAUGGAGACGAGAGUGCCGAGCCCCCUCCCAGUGGGCGCAAGGACCGGAGAAGGGCCAGUCUUGGUGCUGGUGAGCGGAGGGGGUUAGAGCGCCGGCGGAGCCGCAGGCACUCUGUGCAGAACGUCAAAAGCACUUUGUCGGCCCCUGCGAGUCCAUGCGGUCAGUCUAGCUUCAUGCUAGGCCAUGGACAGCGUGUUGAAGAGCUCAAGGACGAGUAUGAAGAAGAGGAAGAAGAACAGCCAGUCACAGAGCCCAAUACUGAGGAUGAGGGGGAGGAAGAGGCCAAUAGGCAGUGUCAUGACUCUUCAGCUGUCUCCAGUGCCAUUUCUCCUGCUGAGAGGCCUCUGUCCUUCUCUAGAGCAAAGAGCUCUUCUAGCAGCUCUUCUGUGCCUGACUCAUCUAUCUCCCAUCAUACUUCUGUCCUUUCAUCACCAUCUUCACCUGCGACAGCAUUGCUGAGCUCUCCCCAAAAUUCAUCAGCAUCCAUUACUCCAAAGGCAUCUCCAACGGUGGAGAAAUUACCUUAUGUACCACAUACUCCUUUUCACCUCUUCUCGUAUGACUUUGAAGAGUCUCCAGCAUCUGUGAAAGAGAAGGAAGCAGAAAUGAUGAGGGAAAACAGUCCUUCUGAAUUUCUGCAUGUGAACAAAUAUUUUGAUUCCUUUGAUCCUUUUAAUUUUCGGUCUUUCUCUUCUAAUAGGUACAAUAGCUAUGGCAGCAGCUCUUACUCUUCUCCACGACCUUAUGCUGGUGUGAGUGCUCCUACAACACCCACUACUCGUUAUGGGACAACUCUGUCACCGUCUCAAGAGACCAAAUCUGACAGGCCAGCUUUGGGUGGUCUCCUUACAUCAUCUUUUCGGCAGCACCAGGAGUCCUUGGCAGCAGAAAGAGAAAGACGGCGUCAGGAGAGAGAAGAAAGGUUGCAAAGGAUAGAACGUGAAGAAAGAAACAAAUUCAACCGCGAUUAUUUAGACAAAAGAGAAGAACUAAGACAAGCAAGAGAAGAGAGAUACAAAUACUUGGAGAGGUUGGCAGCAGAGGAGUAUGAGAAGGAGCUGAAGAGCCGGAGUGUAAGCCGAGGCAGAAGCGAGCUGUCCUUGAACCUGAGAUCUCCUUCAGCCCCAUCCUCACCUGUACCCAAGUGCAUCAGCCCAGUAUCUGUAGAGUCCCAGGAAGAGCUGAAGACCCCUUCCACCCCUUGUGUGACCCCUCAACCCGCAGAAGUGAGUGCCAGUGAACCCGAACCAGAGACAGAGACAGAACCAGAACCAGAACCAGAACCAGAGCAGGAGGCUGAGGCUGAGGCCAAGCAGGGAACGGAGACACCCAAGGAAAUAGAGGCUACAGAGGUGGGACCAGAGAGUGAGGUGGAGCAAGGACCAGAGAGAGAGCCAGAAGAAAGUGCAAUACUCAGUGAAAAAGAGAGGCAGAAUGAGGAAGUGAAUGAAAAAGACAACUGUUCUGCAUCCAGUAUAUCCUCAGCAAGCAGCACUUUAGAGAGGGAAGAGAGAGAGGACAAGUUAACCAGUGACAAUGAAACUGGUCCAUGGUCACAGACCAUUCAGGAUGCUGGUGUGAAUGAGCAGUGCAGCAACAUCCUCAACAACAAGCGGUUUAUGCUGGACAUGUUGUAUGCGCAUAACAAAAAGCCCAAGGAUGAAGAGGAGAAGGAGCUGGAGGCGAAGGAGGAAAAGAAGGAGACGGAGGAAAGUGAGGAGUCACUCACUAGCCUAGCCAGUAGGAUCUCUAUUCUGCAGGCCACAAAGCAGGCCAAGGAUGAAGGUGUCAAAAAGAUGGAGAUUGGAAAUCUGGACAACCAAGGCAGUGUGAAAGCCUUUGCGGAAAAAUUCAACAGUGGUGAGCUGGCUAAGGAGACAGCCAUGCCUGAAGAUGAAAUCAGUGAACAGGUCCCCGAGAAAACACCAGCACAGCCAAAGAAGGAAUCUGAUUACAUCUGGGAUCAGCUCAUGGCUAAUCCUAGAGAACUUAAAAUCAAAGACAUGGAUUUUACAGACCUGGGGGAGGAGGAUGAUGUAGAUGUGUUGGACAUGGAUAUGGGUCCUGGGGACUCCCUUGUUCCCCCUCCUCCACCUCCACCUUCUUUUCUGGGUUUGCCUCCUCCACCACCUCCCCCGUUGUUUGGAUGUCCACCUCCACCUCCACCCUCUGCUAAUUUAUUGGCUCCUCCUCCACUGUUCAGCACUCCUCAGGGUUUAGGGUCACCCCAGGUUUCCAGGGGUCAGCCAGCAUUUAUAAAGAAGAAGAAAACCAUCCGUCUGUUUUGGAAUGAGGUACGGCCAUUUGAGUGGCAGUGUAAAAACAACAAACGCUGCAGAGAAUUCCUGUGGUCGAAACUGGAACCCAUUAAGGUGGACACUUCCAAACUGGAGCAUCUCUUUGAGUCUAAAUCCAAGGAACUGCCUGUCACAAAGAAAACUGCUGCAGAUGGAAAGCGACAGGAGAUCAUUGUAUUGGACUCAAAACGAAGCAAUGCUAUUAAUAUUGGCUUGACUGUGUUGCCCCCUCCCCGCACUAUCAAGACUGCUAUUUUGAAUUUUGACGAAUAUGCCUUAAACAAGGAAGGAAUAGAGAAAAUCCUGACCAUGAUCCCAUCUGAGGAGGAAAAGCAAAAGAUCCAGGAGGCACAGCUGGCGAAUCCUGACGUCCCCCUGGGCAGUGCUGAGCAGUUCCUUCUCACUCUCUCCUCCAUCAGUGAACUCUCUGCCAGGCUCCAGCUCUGGGCUUUCAAGAUGGACUACGAGAUAGUGGAAAAGGAAGUUGCAGAACCACUGCUAGACCUGAAGGAAGGAAUGGACCAACUGGAGCACAAUAAAACUUUGGGAUUUAUCCUUUCUACUCUACUAGCCAUUGGGAACUUUCUGAAUGGAACCAACGCCAAAGCUUUUGAGUUGAGCUACCUCGAGAAGGUUCCAGAAGUCAAGGACACAGUGCACAAACAGUCUCUCCUGCACCACGUCUGCACUAUGGUGGUGGAAAAGUUCCCAGACAGCACCGAUCUUUAUUCAGAGAUUGGGGCCAUCACUAGGUCAGCCAAGGUUGACUUUGAACAACUCCAAGAAAACUUGUGUCAGAUGGAAAGACGGUGCAAAGCAUCAUGGGAUCACCUUAAGGCUAUAGCAAAGCAUGAAAUGAAGCCAAGUCUAAAGCAAAAGAUGUCUGAGUUCCUUAAAGACUGUGCAGAAAGGAUCAUAAUCCUGAAGAUUGUUCAUAGAAGAAUAAUUAACAGGUUUCACUCAUUUUUGUUAUUUAUGGGCCAUCCUCCCUAUGCAAUACGUGAAGUCAACAUCAAUAAGUUCUGCAAAAUCAUCAGCGAAUUUGCUCUGGAAUACCGCACCACCAGGGAACGAGUUUUGCAGCAAAAACAGAAACGAGCUAACCACAGGGAAAGAAACAAGACCAGAGGGAAAAUGAUAACAGAUACCGAUGAAGAAGAGGAUGCUGAGUCUGGCAAGUUCUCCAGCAGCUCACCCCCCUGCCAGAGCCAGCCCCAGGGGCUGCAGUACGCCGAGGACGCUGCUGAGCAUGAGAACAUGAAGGCUGUGCUGAAGACCUCCUCCGUUGGCGGGGAAAGCACCAUGGCGCUCGGGGUCCGCACUCGAAGCCGGGCCAGCCGAGGCCGUAUCGGUUCGUGGAACGCUGGCAACGACGAUUCACCUAACGCAACGGAUGACGCAGCAGAUGAGAUCAUGGAUCGUAUUGUAAAGUCUGCCACCCAAGUGCCAAGCCAGCGAGCGGUGCCUAGAGAGAGGAAACGGUCACGAGCAAAUAGGAAGUCAUUGAGAAGGACGCUAAAGAGUGGACUCACACCAGAAGAAGCCAAAGCACUGGGCCUCAUCAGCACCUCUGAGAUGCAGGUUUGACGUCCCAGAGGUGGCGACAAGAAGAGCCGUUCAUCUGAAGCACACAGGCUGACAACCCUUUGGUGUGGCAUUGAACUGCCAGCCUCCUCUGCUGCUCCCAACAUCCCGUCCUCUGUUAGUUCAAUUUUAAUAAGCAACAAAAAGCAAAACCCCACAAGCCAGGGCAGAAGAAGGGUGUGCCACAGCUCAGCACAACAUCCAGACAGUAACUGAGGAAGCAUUUGAGGUGAAAGCAUAUGGCUUCUUCUCAUGGUGUGUUGGUGUGGGUAGGAAGGGGCUCUCUCUGAGUUACCUGUCAUUAUGUGAGCUGUGUUUAUGUUGGCUUUCCUUGUGCCCUGUUUUAGUCAUUGUAAAUGUAUGGCAUUUCGCCAAUGCAGGGAAUAGUCCUUAAAGAGGCAAAAUAACUCCUGUUACAGCAACCCAAGUUUUCCUGAAGCAGAUUCACUAAGCAAAGAUGCACAGUCUGUGCAGCCCUGUGGUUUGUUGGGUUUUUUUAAUUAUUUUGCCACCAAAGAAUGUAAAAAUGUAUGUGUACCUUUGUAUAUGUACAGAAUGAAUGUGUGGCCAUGUGUGCGUGUACCUAUACACAUACAGUCAUGGUGUGAAAUCAUGCUCUUGCUGAAGCUAGCUGGACCAUGAUUUUCACUCUGGGGCCUUACUGUUCCACCUGGACAGGAGGAAAAGAAUGUCAUUU